AUGAAAGUUUUUGCCGCGUUGGCCUUCUUUCUUGCUCUCUGGAUUCUUGUGGCUCCAGCUCCGACUUCAUCACCAAAAGAAACAUUGAAAACUGCUGCCGAGAAAGUUCUAAAAGAUGUCGAGGAACCAAUCGCCAAACAAACUCAUCAGGCAUUGACUGUGGAGACAUUGGAUGGAUACAUCGGUCUUCUGAAAAUGUUCAAAGACAUGCUGCCAUUGGAUUUGGUCACUACAAUGGACAAUCUCAACGUGACUCAAAAAGGAGAAGUUGUAAACUUCCUCUCUAAUUGGUUCCAAGACCGUCUUCAUCGUCCAAACACCACAACUGAAAUCGUCGAACUUCUUCGUGAUAAUCUUCCAUCAGUCUAUGACAAAAUCACCUCUUUGAAUACAACUUUCUAUACCAAAUUCAACAAUUUGAAACCAGAAACUCAGACACUUCUCCGUGAAUGGCGUACUAAAGCAGUGGAUCUUCUAGGAGAUCAACGUCCAGCUGGAGAGACUGCUGCUCAGAAUCUUCAACUUCUCCGUGACUUUGCGAUGAGUAUCCGAGAUGUCAAACCGGAGAUCCGAGAUGAUUUGAAGACUCAAUUCCCGCAGGCAGUGUCGUUGACUGAAGGACUUGGAUUCACAGUGUUCACUACGAUGAUUAUGGUUGUUCAGAAGAUUGUAGAGACCGCGGCCGCAGUGAAGAAUCAGGGACAAGCCGUGUUGGCUACUGGAUUGCCAUUGGAGUGUGCUAUUCCUUUGGAUUAA